CCAUGGCCAUGUUGCAGACAGCGACCUCCGGCCGGGGGACCUGGUCUCGCGCCUGCUGGCCGCCACGCCGCCCUACCUGUACUCGCUGCCGCACCCGACGUCCUUCUUCUUCAGCGAGAUGCUGCGCGGCCUGGUGGCGGCCAAGGCGGCGGCGGCCUCGGGCGGCGGGGCAGGCCCGCAGCCCCACGACGGCCCGCUCCCGCACCACCCGCCGUCGCGCCGCCCGCGGAAGCGCACCUGGCGGGAGGCGGUGAAGCAGCAGCAGCAACAGCAGCAGCAGCAGGGCGGGCCUCCAGGACUCAGCUGCCCGCCGCCGCUGGGUGCCCCCCCGCAGCACCACGACAAGCCCCUCGAGCUCACGACCCCGCGCUCCGCCGCCAUGGCCGCGCUGGCCGAGGACAAGCCGCCCGCGCCGGCCGCGUCCUCGUCGCCGCCCCCGGGGGCGCUGCACCCGCCCCCGAUGGGACUCGGCAUGCUGCCGCCGCUCGGGUCGCCGCCCCCCGACAUGCUGCUGCCCCCCGGCGGCCCCCACGGCGGCCCCCACGGCCCCCCGCUGUGGUACCCGCCGCCCGCGCUGUACCCGCUGCCGCACCAGCCGCCCCUGCAGCCGCUGCAGCCGCUGCAGCCGCCGUACCCGCUCGACCCGCUGCACUUCUUCAUCGACCUGCGCGUCUCGGGGCACAUCAAGGCCAAGGAGGGCGAGAACAAGCACUGCUCCGCGUUCAGCGUGCCGCAGCCGCGCGGGAAGUCGGUGACGGGCGGGCCCGGCGUGCUCGCCGCCCCCGGCAGCCCCACCCCCGCGCCCGACAGCCCCGGCCAGGGCCAGGGCCCCAACUACGUGCUGCAGAACCUGUCGCGCAUCUACGACGACGUGCGUCCCUUCUGCGGCCAGGCGCGCAAGGCGGGCGACGAGGCCAACAACAACAACGACAGUCCCGGCUGCAACACGACGUGCAACAGCGGCGGCUGCGAGGACGACAGCAAGCCCGUCGUCCUGGUGGAGCAGAAGACCGAGAGCAAGGACGACGACGAGGAGGGUGGUGGCGAGGCCAGCGACGAGGAGAAGAAGAGGAAAAAGAAGGACAUCCGCGCGCUGCUGGGGCUCGAGCUCGUCGUGGACUACGUGAACCACAAGCGCAAGCGGAGGGCCGAUGACUCGUCCGACGACGAGGUCGACUCGUCAGCCUCCCCACGGCCUUCCCCACCAUCCUCGCCGUCCUCCGGUCGGUCUCCGACGCGGUCGUCCCCGCCGCGCGCGUCCCCCGCGCGCUCCCCGCCGCCGCGGUCCCCCCUCCGGCAUUCAUCGCCGCCACGAUCGUCGCCCCUCCGUGCGUCUCCACAGCAGCGCUCGUCUCCCCAGCAGCGCUCGUCUCCCCAACAGCGCUCGUCGCCAGCCCGCUCGCCACGGCCGCGUUCGCCCAUGCGACCCAUGUCGCCGUCGCUCUUCCUCCACCAGCACCAGCAGGCGCUGAGCAACGCGCUGGGCCACCUGCAGCUGGGCCAGCUCGGCCAGCUCGGCCAGCUCGGCCAGCUGGGGCAGCUCGGCCACCUGCAGACGCCGUUCCCACCCGGACGGCCUCACCAGGGCGGCCACCUGCAUCCGCACUUCCUGCGGGACGCCGCCGACGCGCUUAACCUCCACGUCAGGCACCAGUGAGCACGCGUCGGGGAUGGAGUUAAUUGUCAUAAUUAGACCGAAAUGUUAUGUGAUAAAAAACUAACAUCGGACAGAUUGUUUGCGGAAGCCAGCAAAAA